UUCUUUUUGGGCCAAGUCAUUUACAUUUAUGAAGUUUGCUUCUUCCUCCAGCAGGAAAAAAAUUGGCUCACUAACGUUCACUAACAACAGAAAAUACCUGCCUUUCAAAUUCAAUCCAAAAAAAAAAACAAUUCUUACCCAAAAAAACCCAUAGAAGAACAGCACCUUGAACCCAGCAUAAGCAAGACCUCACUUCCAUAGCCAAGAAUGAAAGACUUUGUCAUCAUCCUUGGCAGUUCCUACAUAUCUACCCCUCCAAAUCUCUACCACCACCACUACUCUUCAAGACCCAAGAAACCCAAUUCCUCUCUCCACAAGCUUUCUGCUUCCAAAAAAGAACAACUCUUGUCUUCUUCAAUCCUCACCGUCCAUUCUCAUCAACACCCUUACCCUCUCUUAUCAUCCUCCAUCCGAUGGGACCCCACUUCACGUCACAACUCCCCACUCAAGUACUACGCCGAGCUCGCUUCAAAGCUGGCGGAAGAUGGCCGUCUCGAGGACUUUGCAAUGAUAGUGGAGAUGGUUGUUGCUUCGGGAGCUAAUCCUUCGCGUUUUGCUUCAAUGUUGAGCCUUGAGUUUGUUUCCAAGGGGGCUGCUUUGAGUAUUCAAGAAGGGAAAGUUAAAUGUGUUGUUGAGGUGUUGAAGAAAGUUGAGAAGCUUGGGGUUGCUCCUCUGAAAUUGGUUAAUGGGUUUGGUUUGGAUUCGUUGAAAAGGGAGUUUCAAAGGAUUUUAGGGUCUGGUGAAGUGGAAGAAGCUGUUGACUUGUUGGAAGCCCUAAGAGGUUUUCAAUUCACAAUCAAGGAACUAGUGAAUCCAUCUUGCAUUGUUAAAGUCUGUGUUGAUAAAAGAAACCCAAAUUUGGCCAUAAGGUAUGCGUGCCUGCUGCCACAUGCCCAUAUAUUAUUCUGUAGCAUUAUAAGUGAAUUUGGAAAGAAGAGGGAUUUGGCAUCUGCACUGACAGCAUAUGAAGCAUCCAAGAAGAACUUGGAUGGUCCUAAUAUGUAUGUAUACCGUGCAAUAAUUGAUGUUUGUGGUCUCUGUGGUGGCUACAUGAUAUCUAGAAACAUUUACGAGGACUUAGUCAAUCAAAGGGUCACUCCAAAUAUAUAUGUAUUCAACAGUCUCAUGAAUGUCAAUUCUCAUGAUCUGGGAUACACAUUAGAUGUGUACAAGGACAUGCAAAAUCUUGGUAUCACAGCAGAUAUGGCAUCUUAUAACAUCCUCCUAAAGGCGUGCUGUCUUGCUCACAGAGUUGAUUUGGCCCAAGAUAUUUACAAUGAAGUAAAGCGUCUGGAGUCAACAGGGGUGUUGAAGUUGGAUGUCUUUACAUACUGCACAAUCAUAAAGGUCUUUGCAGAUGCAAGGUUAUGGCAAAUGGCACUGAAAGUUAAAGAAGAUAUGCUAUCAGCUGGAGUUACCCCUAAUACAGUUACAUGGUCAUCAUUGAUCAGUGCAUGUGCCAAUGUAGGCCUAGUUGAGAAGGCAUUUCAAUUAUUUAAAGAGAUGAUUCUCACUGGAUGUGAACCUAAUUCACAAUGUUGCAAUAUUCUUCUACAUGCUUGUGUCGAGGCUAGCCAGUAUGACAGGGCUUUUCGCCUUUUCCACUGCUGGACUGGAGUUCAAGAGGGUAUGUCAACUACAAAGCAACUAAACAACAGAACUGCACUGAACUACAUAACUAAUUCUCAUCAUCUAAGUUUUGCGAAGAAGUUUUCUUUCAAACCUACUACGGCAACAUACAAUGUUUUAAUGAAGGCCUGUGGUACUGACUACUACCGUGCAAAAGCUUUAAUGGAUGAGAUGAAGUCUCUUGGCCUUUCGCCUAAUCAUGUAAGCUGGUCAAUUUUGAUCGAUAAAUGUGGAGGUUCAGGCAAUGUAGAAGGUGCCAUACAGAUCUUGAAAACUAUGCAUGUGACUGGAAUUAAUCCUGAUGUUGUUGCAUACACAACAGCAAUCAAGGUUUGUGUGGCAAGCAAAAAUCUGAAGUUAGCUUUUUCAUUAUUUGAAGAAAUGAAGAGAUAUCGUGUACAACCUAAUUUGGUAACGUACGAUACACUUUUAAGAGCCCGUAGCAGAUACGGUUCCUUGCAUGAAGUACAGCAGUGCCUAGCUAUAUAUCAGGAUAUGCGGAAAGCAGGGUACAAAUCUAAUGAUACUUAUCUCAAGGAACUCAUUGAAGAAUGGUGCGAAGGAGUAAUAAAAGAAAACAACCAGAAACAAGAAGGGUUAAGUUCCUGCAAAAGAACUGACUUGGAGCGACCUCACAGUCUACUUCUUGAAAAGAUUGCAGUGCACCUACAGAUGAGUACAUCAGAAAGCCCAGCAAUUGACCUUCGCGGGCUUACAAAGGUUGAAGCUCGGAUAGUUGUUCUUGCUGUUUUGCGAAUGAUCAAAGAGAACUACAUCCUAGGACAUUCUGUAAAAGAUGAUAUGUUCAUAAUCUUAGGAGCAAGUGAAGGGCACAAGGAUGCAGCCAAGGCAAAAUCUGAGGUCCAACAUGCAGUGAUGAAACUUCUGAGGGAUGAAUUGGGGCUUGAGGUACUAUUGGUUGAACCUCAAGUCAAAAAAGUUAGAGGGGUAGAGUUGCAGACUCCUAUUGAUGCAAAUCCAGCUCUAUUAGAAACAGUUGGAAAUAACAGUUUAUCCUCGGAGCCCUUAUCUUCUACCAGGAGACCUGUGAUUCUGCGCCGGUUAAAGGUUACAAGGAAAUCAUUGAAUCAUUGGAUCCAGAGAAGGGCAGAUGUUAUUAGAAGGUUCUGAUUAUGUAACAACCUCAAUUUUGUGCAUUAUUUUUUUUAUAUAAUUUUUGAAAUAUUUUAUAAUCAUUUUUAAAUAGAUAUAGAAGGAAAUAAGUAAGCAUUGCAAUUAAAGUUCAGGUCAACUGUAUAGAAAUGUAGGACCAUUGACCACAUUAAACUCUUGUGAUCAAAUUAAAAGAGGUUAUUUCAUUUGUUUCUACAGACUACUUUAUUUCUCAUGCAUCAACUCAGUUUUAUAUUUUGUUCCUCAUAACUGUUACAACCUAUACAGGUUCUUACUU